UCAUGCUGCUGCCAGGUCCAGAGUCUCUCAUGGGUCCCUGUACGGCCUCCCAUUGCUGCUGUCUCCAUCGCCACACUCUGCCAUGUGCCACUUUCAGGUCUCCUCACACUGCUGGUGUGUUCCAUUUUGUCAUAGGGUGCUGGCAGAUUACGGGCCUCCCAUUUCUGCUGCCAGGCCCGUAAUCUGCCAUGGGCCCCCGUACCGCCUCCUCAUGCUGCUGCCAGGUCCAAGUCUCUCAUGGGUCCCUGUACGGCCUCCCAUUGCUGCUGUCUCCAUCGCCACACUCUGCCAUGUGCCACUUUCAGGUCUCCUCACACUGCUGGUGUGUUCCAUUUUGUCA